AUGGAGUUCCUUCCCACCCUCCUCAACCCGCUCGACGAGAGCAAACCGUCCUUAUUUGAGAUCCUGUCUGAACAGCAGCUCUCCGGCCUCAUACCACCCUCUCUAAGAUACGUUCUUGCCGUCGCAACACAUCGUUAUCCACGAUAUCUACUUCGCAUCCUCAACAACUACGAUGAACUCUACGCACUCCUCUCACUCAUCGUCGAGAAGUACUACCUCGAGAACUUCGGCGGUGGCUUCACCGAGAACUUCUAUGGCCUCAAGCGAGAAAAGAUCCUGCGGCUGCGUGGAGGAGAGAUACGACGAGCUGCACUGGGCGUUCCUGCAGAAGUGCGCGAGCGAUUACAGCUAAAAAACAAUAAGGCAGAUGUGUGGAAGAAUUUGCUCAUAAUGGUCGGGGUACCAUAUUUGAAGAGAAAACUGGAUGAGAGCUAUGAUAUUCUCAUUGCGCCGAGUGCGUCCCUAUCGGCAGGUCUGGGAGGGGUCGAAGGACGAAAUUUUCUAGAUCGUGAUGCCCUACCACCCAACCCAACGAUCAAACAGAGGAUAAUGUACACGUACAAGUGGUUCCUGCGGCAUGUCUAUCCUUCCGUCAAUGCUGCAUACUAUUUCAGCAUACUCGUCUUCAGCUUAGGUUACCUGUUUGACAGCACCAAGUAUUCGAGUCCGUUUCUGUGGAUGGUUGGUACACGAAUAAGACGCAUGAACGCCGCAGACUACAGAGCGAUUGAAGAUGCAAGCAAGCUCAGUAUCGCCGCCGCAGCAGGUACACCAGGCCGACCAGGUCAGGGCCUAGCAGGUUUCUUCCAUCCCAGAACGCUUUGGCCACGAUUAUUGAGCAGUCUGAGAUUACUUCUGCCCGCCAGCAUCUUUGGAUUGAAGUUUCUGGAGUGGUGGUACCAAAGCGAUUUCUCGAGACAGCUUACCAGGAAAGCAGCUGAAGGCCUGGAGCUUCCUCCACCGAUAAUCAGUGGACAGGGACUGAUACGCAGACAUAAAGCCGAGCAGGAGAGAGUGCAGAAGGCGAAAGCGCAGGGCAUCGCUAACACAAGCAUGAAGCGUGAACCGCCGAUCAGCAGUACCAGCUAUCUACCAAUCUUUACUGUCCCGCCACCACCAACGAGCGAUCUGUGCCCAAUAUGCUUACAUCCUAUUGAGACGGCGGCUGCUUGUCAGACCGGAUAUGUCUUUGACUUUAGAUGUGUAUUCCAGUGGAUUGAAGGCAAUCAUGCACGACAGGAGGCGUGGAUGAAGGGUGAGAAGAACGAUUGGGAAGAAGACCAAGAGGACUCUGAGAACGAGAAAGCGCCUCAAAGUCGAGACGGAAAGUGGGAGAAUGGAGCUGGUAGAUGUCCAAUCACAGGAAGAAGAGUGCUGGGCGGCACUGGUGGCAUACGAAGAGUCAUGGUAUAG